AUGUCAACUGGAAGGAAGGGUCGAGGUCGUCAAAAAAUUGAGAUGAAAAAGAUGAGUAAUGAGAGCCACCUGCAAGUUACUUUCUCAAAGCGUCGUAGUGGACUUUUCAAGAAAGCCAGUGAACUUUGCACACUUUGUGGUGCAGAUGUUGCUCUUGUUGUAUUUUCACCUAGUGAGAAGGUGUUUUCAUUUGGUCACCCACAUAUUGAUACGAUCAUAGAUCGUUAUCUAUCACGGGUCCUACCCCAAAAUAAUGGCACCAUGCAACUCAUUGAGGCUCACCGUAGUGCCAACGUGCGUGAGCUCAAUAGUAAGCUGACUGAAAUUAAUAAUACGUUGGGCAUUGAGAAGAAAUAUGGUGAUGAGCUGGUUCAUUUGUUCAAGGAAACUGAAGCUCGAUUUUGGUGGGCUUGUCCCAUUCAUUCGAUGAAUAAAGUCCAACUUGAUCUAUUCAAGAGGGCUUUGGAGGAACUUAAGAAACUUGUUGCACAACAUUCCGAUAGGUUUGUAAUUCAGAGUGCACCUACCCAAACUAUUCCAUUUUUUGUUGGAAAUGUUUCCAACUCUAACAUGCCUCUUCAUCAUCAGGAAAAUUCUCAACAAGCUCCAAUGUUUCAACCACAAUUUAUUCAGAACCCUAUGUUGCAACCCCAUUUGUUUGGCUUCAACGAUAUGGAUGGAAAUGGCGGAUAUAGAUCAUCUGGAAUCUUUUGA